CUCAGUUGAUAAUGUGAUUCAGGAGCUGAAACUUGGAAACUUCAUUAUGGAGCUGGACAAAGAUGACCUGAAACCUGGAAUUACAGUUCAUGAGAAAAAAAGCCUACUUCAUCCACGAAUCAACUCCCAACUGCCUGCCAUUCUGUCAGAUCCAGACAGUGACAGCAACAAAUUGUUUAAGAAGACACAAUGGUCUCAUCCCCUAGUUGCUCGAGGUACCGUUACACUCUCUCCACACCAUCCUUCAGGAGCACCUCUGCAGCAGAAGCCAAACUUAUUUAAACAUCCCAUCGCUAUGUCUACAAUGAAGAGAAACAGCUUUACUGUUCAGCCUGAAGUUCACCAGAUGACUUCCAAAGCCCUGCAAGAAAUUGUCACUGGUACAAAAGGCAUUUCUGUCAUUGCUGCAAGAAAGCGAUCCCAAGUACCAAUAUCAGAUUUUUCUCAUGAUUUAAAGAAAGGGAGGGAACCAAGAGUAAUGUCAGUCCAUCAUUUGGAAGACAAUGACCGUAAAUUCCAAGAGAGGUCCAGAUCUGAACCAAGAUUUGUUUUGAAAUCAAACGUGCAGCAGGCUUCAAGUAUGCAGGACCUGACCAGCCCUUCCCACCAUGCAAGAGUCAAUGGAAAGAUGCUUUCUCAACCUUUGACCAGCAAUUCUAACUAUAGCAGGAAAGCAACUCAAAAAGCAGAACAGAAAGAAGGUUCACUGAAAGGGAAGGCAAGAAAGAAACGCUCCCGAUCACUGGAGGGUCAUUCACAAGGGCUUCUUAAAUCAAAACAUCAGCCUUCCAGCAAUACAGAUCACAGGCUUCUGAAUGUUUCUACAAGUUCCAGCCCAUUCCCACCAUCGAAGGUCACAAGUACUCCUUCUGAUGAAACAGCGUCUUCCACUAGAGUACGAUUCCCUAUCACACAUUACAAAGGAGAAAGUCCACUACUAACAUUAGAAGCAAGUAACACUCCACCCACCACUAUCCACCAACGAAAUGCCAAUGGUAAAAAAAGGCAAGUCUUGCACAAACAGGUGAGAGGCCCAGCUGAAACUGGCAGCACACAGCAGCUUCUGAUACACCCAGGGAAUGUUAAGAAGGGAUCUCAAGGUGGUGUGAAAAACCGAGGAGUCAAUGACCGUGUCACUAACAGAAAUGGAAACACAAUAAAGAAAUGAAGAAAGUAGAUUAUACUAGGAGAGUCAGCAAGAAUUUUGCUGUGAAACGUGAUGUUAGGGCCUUUAAGAAUAGCCCUGAAUUCUAAUAUUAGCCAGAUUUUUAAAAGUGGCGUUUAGCAAAGGCAAACAACGUUUGCUGAGUAAAUAUUUAUUUCUUGUUAGGAAUACAAAGGUUGGCUGAUGGUCCUUAGAAGUCUAAAGUGGAAAAUGCAUUUAUUUGCAUCAUGUAUCAAAGUAAAAGGUUUUUGGAACAACCUGCA